UGACGUUUCUAGGGCACAAUGUAACACAAGAUAUUCUUAAUUCAGGUGUCUUUGUGAUCUCGGAUAUGAGCCUCUCCAUCUUUAGCAUUGUGUCUAAUCUGAUGGUGCUAAAUUCUCUCAGAGAAAAGGAGCCUUUGCUGAGUAUUUUGUUCAACCUGCUCCUGGCAAACCUCUGCUUAGCAAACCUAGUCAGUACAGUCUUAGUAAAAUCUGUUUCUAUUGUUCACUAUGCUCAUGCAGUGGCAACCAACAGUACAGAAUCAGCUGUUGCCUUUUGUUUUCUGUACACUGUUAGUUUUCGCACAACAUGGUCCAUUCUUCCUUGGUCCAUCGUUUUACUCACAUGGGCCCAUAUUCAAUAUAUUCUAAAUAUGAUACAGGAGGAACGUGAUGAAGCUAAAAGAUCUGCUGAAGGAUUAUCUUUAGAUGGUGAAGAUUGUAAAGACGGUUCAGGAGUUGGAGGUGGUUCAGGUCUCAUGGAUACAUUUAGCUUCAGCUCAGCACCUUGUUCAACAAAUGAAGAAACAAAAUUGUAUGAUGACGAUGAUGAAUAUAAGUUUAGUAUGAGAGAUAAACUGAUUGUUGGUGGAUUAUGGAUUAUGGGAGGUGUGAACAGUAUGCUAAGUGAAGAAGUUCUCAGCAAGAAUCCGGAUAAAAUCUGUUCGAUCCAGGAUACAUUCUCAUCAAACCUAACCUGGGCAUCAAUACUGAUGGUUCUUGUCUUGCCCCUGGUCUUAGGUCCUCUGGUUCUCCUUGUAUUCCGCAUAUCAUUGUUCAUCUAUACAAGGAAUACUGGAUACGGAUCAAGGAUCGAAGUAAGUACAGCUAAAGUUCCUUCAAGUGGAUUUCUUCUGGGAUUCUUCUUAAUAUUUGGAGUUUGUUACUCAACCAACAUGAUUCUAUCAGAGCAGUCAGAUUAUAUCCGCGGCAAUGUGUUCCUGUACAUAAUGCUGAAGUACAUACUUGGUACAAGCUACCAACUUUUUGUACCUCUCUGGGUACUCAUAGCUAGAGACGACAUCCGUGGAACCGUUGUUGCAUUGUACAGGAAAGGAGGAACUACCCAGUCUAAAUCUGUGGAUUUAACAGCUGAACAGAUGCAAAGAGAGCUGGGACUAGGAGUCUGCACUGGAUAGUUAUACUCUGAUCCCGUUAAAGGGAGUUGUUCGCAAAAAAGAUUCGUGCAUUGCUCAGAAUUGAGAUUUUCGAUAAAAUAAAUAAUCAUUUAUAAAAUUGUAUAAGGCCAAUGCAAAAUUUUGCAUCCAGAAAAUGCUAGGUUUCUGUUUGGCGUGAAUGCUUGAAGAAAAUUUUAUGAUGUCAACAUUUUCUUUUUACUUAAAAAAACUAUUUAAUCAACCGAUGAUUUCGUAAAUCAUAUUUUUUUUUAUAAAAACAACGCAGUUUCGUUAAUGAAGGUUUGUCAUUUUUGGCUUUGGUCGACCGUUAACGAUCGUUAACGAUCGUUAACAACCUACCUGUACAUUUUUUCGAAAAGUGGUCACUUAAGUGAAAAGUACAUGCAAGACGACAUUCAUAAACUUCUCUUCCUUAAAAAUUAAAAACUAAAAUUUUCUUCAGGAACAGUUUAAAAAUUGUUCAAUAAAGCAUAUCGUCCUUUCGUUUUCGUUUUUCGAAAGUUCAUAAUUUUUUAAUUCUUCGUUUAAUUCAAAAACAAAGGUUCGAUAGUUAAAAAAUCUAAAACAGAACAAAUAACUAUCUUAUUUUCUUUCAUCUUAAAAUCCAUAUCUGUAGGAUAAAUCUGUAGGAUAAAUAAUGAUUGAAUGAAAAAAAUACAAUUUUUAUGUAAAUAUCAUUUUUUGACUUUCCUUCAUUCAUGAAACUUAAAACUGUUUAUUUCUUUUUCAAAUCAUUUUAUAGCACAAAAGAAUAUAUUUAAGGAGUUGUAAGCGUAAUUUUAAGUGAUCUCCAUUUUGAGUUGGCAAGUUCCGAUACACAACGGUACCCUUAAAAGCUUUGACAAGAAUGAAUUUAUAAAUAUCAAUGUUCAUAAAUUAAAAAACUGAUUUGUUGAAACUUUGGCGGGGCGUCGGUGAUUAGAUGAUUAUUUAAUUGGCUCCUCUACUCCAUAACACAUAAGCUCAAUAAAUAGAUUUAUUUCAAACCUAUAAAAUUCAGUUUUAGUGGAAAAACAUAUUAAUAUGACAUUGUUUGCUGUU